GGCGAAGGUCAAAUCAAGCAGUGGCAGGCUCUGGGACGUUUGAAUAAGAGUGACAUGUGAACAUGAACCUUGAAUAGUUCCAGCCUGGCCAGAUUGGCGAUGACCGUGACGGAAGCUCCCUGGAUUGGGGUUAGUGUGCCUCUAAACUCGAUCGGGAGGUUGGGGUUAGACACCUCAGGCGGUGAGGCGGUCAGGCCAUUCAGCUGGCCGCUCCAGGCCACAAGGCCCUCAAAGGCAUUGCCAGGUGCCCCUCCUUUUGCGUCCCUUUCCGUCGAGCCCCACACAGCGCGUUUGCGGUCCCUCCUUAUAUUUUUCGCCCAACUCACGCCGGCUCUGCUUCCUUUCCCUUUUCCUCCUCUCAUUCGAAUCUCCGUGAAUCGUCAUCAUCCACAUCCUUCAAAAUGUCCAACGAGCAGACGUAAGUUGAUGCUCCUCAUCCUUCCCCUUCCUCAUGCGUUGACUGGUCUCGUUCUCUCUGUCAACUAUGUGUCGAUUAUCUACCCACAUUGACAACGCUUGACCUCGACCCAACGCCCAUCUGCAUCGACCUCGAAGCUAACAACCGGACACAGCUUCAUUGCCAUCAAGCCCGAUGGUGUCCAGCGCGGACUCAUUGGCCCCAUCCUCUCUCGCUUCGAGAACCGUGGGUA